UCGGCGGAGGUGCGCGUGGCGGUGGUGGGGAAGACGGCCAUGGGCAUGCGCAAGGUGCUGGGGUCGAUCAAGCCGCUGCGCGUGUGUGACCUGCUCGAAACUGACCCCGGCAGACCGCACACUGGAGCCCGAGUGGUACGAGAUCGUGGCCAAGGAGGGGAAGAAAUCGUCUGUAGGGAAGGUGCUGCUGCACGUGGUGGCAGCGCGGGCGCCGCCACAGCAGCCCAUCAAGCUGUUUAUCGGGUCGUGGAACGUGGGCAAUGCACCCCCGCCUGACGACCUCCCUCCCUGGCUCCCCAAGGGCACAGAUCACGAGCUCAUUGCCAUCGGCUCGCAGAAAGCCAUCACUGAUGUUACAGCCACAAGCGAGGCUACUGGUAUCGGCCAUGUGAUUGCCAACAAGGGUGCUGUCAGCGUCUCGCUCAAGUUCUGGGACACGUCCUUCUGCUUCGUCAACUCACACCUGGCAGCACAUGAGGGGCACUGCAUGACUCACAACGACAACUACCGGGAGGUGAUGCGCUACAUGCAUCCAGGCCUCUCCAGCAUCGAAAUCCUCUCACAGUUCCGUCCUGUCAACCUAUGUCUCGCCCCAUCUCUCUCCAUCUCUCCCCAUCUCUCUCCAUCUCUCCCCAUCUCUCUCCAUCUCUCCCCAUCUCUCGCAGAGGUGGUGCGCAACAUGCACCCGGGUUCCACCAUAUCUUCUGGAUGGGCGACCUCAACUACCAUCCCUCUCACCCUCUUUCUUUCUCCCACAGUCCUUUCUGUUACUGCAUGGGGCCUCUCCAGCAUCGACCUCCUCUCGCAGUUCCACUCAACUAUCUUCCAUCAAACCUACCUAUCUCUCUCCCCAUUGCCCAAUCUCUCCAUUCCAUUCACAGAGGUGAUGCGCAACAUGCAUCCAGGGCUCUCCAGCAUCGACCUCCUCUCGCAAUUCCACCACGUCUUCUGGAUGGGCGACCUCUCAACUACCGCCCCUCUCACCCUCUCUCAUUCACCCCUUCCUAGUCGCAUGGCACUGCAUCGCAGCAUUCUCGAGAAGAUAGAUCAAGGCAACUUUGCGGACCUGCUCCAACACGACGAGCUGCAACGGGAGAUCAGGGAAGGCCGGUCGUUCUACAAGUUCUGCGAAGCGCCCAUCGCAUUUGCUCCCACGUUCAAGGUGAUCUCUCCCUCCCUCCCCUCCACUUUUGAGUCGACUCAAAAGUCACCUCGUUACCAUGGCACACGACACGUUCAAGGUGAUCUCUCCCUCCCCUCCUCCGCUGCCUUUUAUUUGUAA